UCUACUAGAUUUAGCAUUUUAAUAAUUUAAUAUAGAUCUAUUAGGAUUGGAAUUUGGCGCUAGAUUCUAGAUCUAGACCAACAAUUGCUACUAAUUUGUUAUAGAUCUAGUUCUAGACUUAAGGGUAUAAUUUAUUAUUAUGCCUAAAGUUGUAAAAAAAAGUGGCCCUUCAAGGGAAAAAACAAAGGACCGGCCUGUACACCCAUACAGUAGAAAAGCAAUUCAACUUUCUAAACAGAAGACACACGAUAAAAAGUUGGAGGCAUCCAAAACAAAUCAGCUAAUGAAAUCUGAACUGCUGGCUGAAAAGCUACUUUGGAUUCAAGAACAUCUUGAUGAUCGACAUGUAUAUACAAAACAAGAUGUAAUCUCGCUGGUCAUGGAAUAUCGUAACAGGUUUAAAGAAGAACUAGAGCAAAUCAGUAUAGUUCAAAGUGUUGGUAACAGGCAACAGUCAAAGCAACACGUAGCCCGUGAGGCUGCCAUUAAAAUGACAAUGGAGGAAGAAACAAAUCAGUUUGAGGGUUCUGGCAUUGAAGUACCUGAUCUCAUCAACAAAAAACACUUAGAGGAAUUUAAAAAGUGGAAUGGAGAGCUCAAGUAUAUACAGAACUUAAAACUUCGAAAAAUUUCAAGCAUUGAUGUCAAGAGAUUAAAUGAAAAAGGUUCAGAUGAAUUAAGCAAUGAGACCAACAUUGACAGUGAUGUAUGACAUUGAUAAAUUAAAUGUUUAUCACACACCUU